GAAAUCAGCCAAUCGUCGUGUACGUUACCUACACUUUUCGUUGUAUCUCUAAAAAUGGCGGAAAUUUGAGUGUUAGAGCUGGAAGAACAAUUUUGCGGGUGAAAAUGUCGACGUCGAAGAAUAAACAGAACAUGGCUGAAGUUGCCUCCGCGAGAAACCGAUUUGAUGCUGCAUUACAACUUCUGGUGGACAAGAGAGAUGAAGGACAAGAAUCCAGUGAUGAAGGAGGUGAAAUCGAUAUUUGUCUGAGUGAACCCUCUCCCGUGCAGUCUCCGAGUAAGCGUGCUUCCUCCAACAGAGGGAGAAAGAGAAAGCGGGCGAAAGAUGAUUCUGAUUUCGAACUCGGGCAGUAUCAACAUACGUACAUCAUGAAGCUGUUUGACAGAAGUGUGGACCUGGCUGUGUUUGAUGAAGAUUCACCUCUCUACCCUAUCUGCCGUGCAUGGCUAAAAAACAACCCCCACAGCAGAGACCCUCCCCCUCAUUCCCCCUCCCCAGAGCCUGAAGCGACGGCCUCCAGCGAAGAAGAGACAGAAAGAAUUCCAGAUAUUUAUAAAAUGCCUCCCCCGAUAAAACAGGACCCCGAUGACCAUACCGACUACAGGAUUCCCCACCCAGUCCCCCAACCCAAGACCUACUUUUUCAUAUCGGAUGCUGAGGAUGCACCACCAGCCGAGAGUUUGCUACUGAAGCACAUGGAGAGAUGGAAACAAGUCCGUCAGAGCUGGGUGGACCAAGGCCGGAUUAAUGAAAUGCGGUAUGGAGAAAGCAUGCAACUGCUGAGGGACAUUUUUGAUUGUCAGAUGAAGGACGCAUAGCCAGAUGUUGAUUGCCUGACAGUCAGAUGUUGAUUGCCUGACAGACAGAUGUUGAUUGUGUGACAGUCAGAUGUUGAUUGUGUGACAGACAGAUGUUCAUUAUGUUCAUUGUGUGAUAGACAGAUAUUCAUUUUGUGACAGUCAGAUGUUCAUUAUGUGACAGAUGUUCGUUGUGUGACAGUCAGAUGUUGAGUGUGUGACAGUCAGAUGUUCAUUGUGUGAUAGACAGAUGUUCAUUGUGUGAUAGACAGAUGUUCAUUGUGUGACAGACAGAUGUUCAUUGUGUGACAGUCAGAUGUUCAUUGUGUGAUAGACAGAUGUUCAUUGUGUGACAGACAGAUGUUCAUUGUGACAUGUUCAUUGUGUGACAGACAGAUGUUCAUUGUGUGACAGACAGAUGUUGAUUGUGUGACAGUCAGAUGUUCAUUGUGUGACAGUCUAUUGUAUAUACUAUAGUGGUGUUGAUGUGUAUACGUAUACGUGUAUGUAAGUAAGAAUGUAUGAUUAGACUGAUGUACAAAUCAUUAUUAAAAUAUCAUUACAAUGCA